AGACGUGACUCUGGGUGAUGAUACUACGCACUCCGCGGCGGCGCAUAUCACCUCGUACUAAGUUAAGAUAUCGUGCUAUUAAGAACUUUCUACGAAGAGCAUUAGGCACCUCAACACAAGGAGAUGUUUUAACAAGUUCAAGUAUAGGAGUCAGUGUCGUGGACUUUAAAAAUAAAAUAGAUCAAUUAGAGCAGCAAUUGAUUAGCGUUAGCAAACACUGUCAGGAUAUAGCGAACCUCAGAGAUAUAGUUAAGAAGGACACGGAAAAUGUGGCUCUACAAGAUAAAAUUGAAGAUUCCGUAGAAAAAAAACAUAAAAACGUAGAAUCUAAACAUUUACGCCAUAAGUUGAGUAGAGACAAUCACAACCGUGACGAAAGCCAACACGUUAUUAAUGUUAAAAGUCACGAUGAUAAAAGAGAUAUGAUUUUGAAUACAAAAAGUAGAAAAUGCUGUAAAUCUUAUGAAACAAAAGAUCGUCACAAUAACGUUAAAUCGAAACACAAUACAACAGAAGCCAUAUAUUCUACGAGUAGCUUACACUCGUUAGUAGUUGGACCUAAACACAAAGAUUAUGUUAACUCUGGUUAUUGUACUCACCGACAAAAACUCCAUCAAAAGAAAGCAUACAUUGAAGCGCUUAUCCAGAAAGAAUCCAAAGAUAGAGAAAUUAUAAAAAAAAAAUUAACACGUAAAGAUGUUAACAAUGACAGGCAACAUAAACCUCGGAGACAAAAACGCGAAAUUACAGACGUAGAUGAAAAUUUUAUAGCAGAUAUAAUUGAAAAACAAUAUAAGCCUGUGAAAUUAUUUGGUAAAAGACAUUCAGAUUUUAGCCAGUUCUCUGCGCCGGUAUGUCGGGAUCAAGAAUUACGAAUACAAAAAGAUUUUCAAGAGGGCAGUGAACUUUGUUCAUGUUGUUUCGAUGAGAACAGGAGGCACAGGCACCGUUAUGUCCGAAAUAAUGAUCUGAGCGAUAUGAGAAGUAUUUGUGACACACGACUGUACAGCUCAAGAGGACAUCGGAGUUAUAAAAAUUCUAGACGAUGUGUUGACGAUUACAACAAUUCAGCAUUUUAUGAUAUUGUUCCUGUUAAAGAAAAAUCAAGUCCAAAGUCGAGACGAAAAUUUGCUGAUGACAAUAAAAUGAUUUAUCACUGUAAAGAAGUACCACCGUCCCCGAGAACCCAGAGACCAAGACUUAAUUUAAAAAUACACAAUUAUACUGAAUACGAAGACAGUUUAAUAAAUGUUCGAAAUCGUAGUAAAAAAAAUCCUCAUCACGAAAUUUGUAGAGAAAACGUUGAUAUUUAUGAAAGUGACUACUUAUCAGGUUUGCAGCAAGCACAGAAACGACGGAAUGAAAGUUCGAUAAAUAUUAAAGCAGACAAAUCCAAAAACAUUAAAAGUGAAAUGGAGACGAUGACCAGCUUACAAGAUCAUAAUAUCACCAAUGAGCCAACAGCCAACUCAAAUAAUGAUACUACAUUAAAUACACAAGUAACAGAUUUGAGUAUUGAUAAAACAGAUAAGGCACUCGAUGAAAUUAAAAAUAUUUUACAAAGUUUUUUACUGGAAAUAAAGAAAGAAUCGACCCAUGACCGAAAAUCUAAUACCACAAACAAAACCAACAUCGAGCAACAAGAAAGCAACAAAGUAAAUGCAAACACUAUACCAAAUAGUAGACAUAGUAUGAACCAAAACGUUGGUCAAUACGGUAUACCGCCUUUUUUACCAACAUUUCCAAAUCCAUAUUGUUACCCAGUUUUUCCCUUGUGUCCAAUCAACUGUCUUCAAAGCGGAUAUAUGCUACCGAAUCCAAGUUUCACAUGCAUGGCCUGUGCAAAACAAUCAAAAGAAAAUGCAUGCCCCGAAAAGGAUAACAGUAAUAAUACGUCAGAUAACAAGACGAGUAACGAAACCCAGGAACUCGUUAAAGAAAUUUACAAAUUUGUAUCACAGAAUCAAAAAUCAUCUCGUAAAUGUGAUGAUUAUAUUCAUAAAAACAAAAUGAAUGGCAAUGAAAGGUGUGGUUUUAAUACAAAAAUUCACACUAACAGAAGUGUUGGUAGCAGUAAAGGCUUCAGACACGAUGCUAAUGUUGGUACGCCCAUGAAGUGCUACUCUAAAAGCUGUGAGGCGAUUGGACCUAGGAUACCUUCCGAAGAAUAUUAUACUACGAAUGGUAGUUACUCGGAUACGGUAUUAGAAAAGUUAAGCUUAGAAGCAACAGAAUCAUCUUCAGAGUCUGAUGUCAGUACUGAAGUGCCUAAUAAAAAGGGUAAACGAGGUGCAUUUAAAAAAGCAAUAAGAUCUUUGCUAUUUCGAAAAAAGAAGGACGUUAUCGAAGAAGAAAGCACGGUGGAUGUCAAAUCUAAACCGGGACCACCAUUUAAACAGAACAUCACCGCUUAUACGAUGCACGACCAGCAAUACUUCCACCCACCACCUAUAUCAAAACAUCACUCCUGUCCACCCCACCCACAUGAGUAUUGCUAUAAUUGUGAUCACAAAAACAUCGGAAAUAUCUCACAACAUCCAAUGCGCAUUGAGUUCAUUGAUAAGCAAAGGGUACAUUGUGACCAUAUGAUUUCAUCACAUCGAAAUCCAAUAAAUUAUUCGCCUAUACCUUUGUGCCCGAACUACGACCCACAUUACAAACAGCAACGAGCUCCUCAAGUUCCUCUGUGUCUUAAAGAAGUUGAAGUAAAAAGCAUAGGUACUCAAAGUGUUAGAAAAAUGUCCAUAUUUAGUAAAUUCACAAAGAAAAUUCAGCCUCCAGUAAACCAAAACAUAAGUCAACAAAACUAUUCGACACCAACACGAGACAAGCCUUCAUUAUGGAAAAGCUGGCAAGAGAAGGCUAAACAGCAAAGCACAGACCCAUUGGCUUUUUCUUUUAAAACUCAAAAGCAACUAGAACAAGGAGAUAUGAAAAUCAGAAAUGCAAUGCUUAAGAAAUUGUUCUAUAAAAAAAAUCCAUUUUCUCCUCGCAAUCUGAUCAUAAAAACAAUACUUGGGAAGGAUAAAUCCAGUUUCGGUAACCCGCCAAAAAUGUAUAAACCGCGAAUGUUCUUGUGAACGAAAACUGUGACGUCUUGUGUAUGAUGUUUCG